AUGCCGACCGGGGCAGGCAAGAGCAUGUUGUUCAUGUUACCAGCAUGGGCCGAGCAGGGCGGUACGACGGUGGUCGUGGUGCCGUUGAUCGCGUUGCGAGGAGACAUGAUGCGACGAUGCAGGAAGUUAGGGAUAUCGUGCUCCGAGUGGGACAGCCGCCGCCCGCCAGACGCAGCCGCAGUCGUGUUGGUGACGCCCGAGUCAGCGGUUAGGGAAGAGUUCGCGACGUUUUUGAACCGGUUGCGGGCAACGCGGCAGUUGGACCGGAUCGUGAUCGACGAGUGUCACAUCGUGUUGAACCGGCGAUACGAUUUCCGCAAGGAGAUGCAGAAGUUGGGCAAGUUGGCAGCCGCCGAGACGCAGAUAGUGAUGUUGACAGCAACAUUGCCGCCGAGCGAGGAGGACGAGUUGUUCCGACGGAUGUACAUCGAGCGAGAACAGGUCGAUUUGUUCCGAGCCGAAACCGCAAGGACGAACGUAGCGUACCGCGUGAUCAGGGUGGGUAAGGCGGCGAAGAAGAAGGAAGUGGAAGAGAUGGUGUUGGGCAUGGUGCGGCAGAAGUUGCGCAAGCAAGGCUAG